AGUUGCUUUUCAUCAUGCCGGAAGCAGCUAAAUCUGCUCCUGCUCCGAAAAAGGGCUCCAAGAAGGCGGUAACUAAGGCACAGAAGAAAGAUGGUAAGAAGCGCAAACGCAGCCGCAAGGAGAGUUAUUCCAUCUAUGUGUACAAAGUGCUGAAGCAGGUCCAUCCGGACACCGGUAUCUCGUCUAAGGCCAUGGGCAUCAUGAACUCGUUCGUCAACGACAUCUUCGAGCGCAUCGCGGGCGAGGCGUCGCGCCUGGCGCAUUACAACAAGCGUUCGACCAUCACAUCCAGGGAGAUCCAAACGGCCGUGCGCUUGCUGCUGCCCGGGGAGCUGGCCAAGCACGCCGUGUCCGAGGGCACCAAGGCUGUCACCAAGUACACCAGCGCCAAGUAAACAAGAAUGUACACUCAUCAUGACAUGAAAAAUAAAGAAAGGAAGAAAGAAAAAAAGUUAUUUUCUUUCACCAUCUCCAUCCCACACUAAUGGUAACCGAGUCCUGUAAAUAAACGGAACAUAAAUGAUUUUUGUUUCUUGUUGUGUCAUGUGUCACGUUAGCCUCCCAUCUUCUCCAUUAAUCCAAAUAAUUAGAUGAUAAUUUCCAAGCUAAAUACUUUUUUGGUUGUUUCUUUGUCUUUUAGUGUAUAGCAAUCAGAAUAAAAUCUGUGGAAGAAGGAGAGGGAUUGGAAUAGAAGAGGUCACAAAUCAGGAUGAUGCCUUGACUAUUGCCUUAGAUGAACCAGCUGGUUGUAAAGGACUUUUUUUCAAGAUGUUAGUAAUUGUUGAAGCAUGUCUGAUGGACACCUGGAGUCAACAAGGGGUGACAAUGAGAGGAAUCAAGUGCUGGCAAAGAGAAAUUCCGGCAACUGAACUAAGGGAACAAGAAGGCCAUUUGCACAAGGGAGGAGCUCAUAGCAGCAGCGGUCCCCUCCUCCCAUCUCCCAGGCUCGACAAACAAGAAACGCUAUUGCCAUCUUGUGGCCCUUUAAGAAAAUGUAGCUAAUAUUGUUUUGUGGUUUCUACUAGGCAGUCCAUUGCUAGGGUUUAAUAAUUGCAUAUAUAAAUAAUACAAUAAACAAUCCUAUUUCAAACACAGUCCUCAUCUGCCCAGUUCCCCCAUCAAUAACAAAGAACCACGUUUAUUAGUUUCCUGUGUACCCAUCUGGAAUUUCUUUAUACAAACACAAAUAUGUAAGUGUGGAUUCUAUUCUGUCUCCAUUAACAUAAAUGGCCAAUGGCUAUAUUCCUCUCACGGUUCUGCCCCUUGCUUUUCUCAUUAUCUAGCUUGGAGUUCUUUCCUAUUAGUAAGUAGAGUGGCUGAAACUUCUCAGCAGGUGCACCUGAGCCAGUGACCCUAGGAGGGUAACCUGAGGCCAAACAUUUUCCUACACUGGCUGCAUCUUCCCUGAAAAUAAGCCUGAUGCUUAUUUGAGAGGAAGCCUGGGACUCUUCGAUGAACCUGGUCCAGAAAGCUCUGGGGUGGCUGAAUUCCUGUUCCCUUCCUGAGAUAGGACUUCCAUGCUUUGUAAUAAGGGACAUUGAGGUCCUGAUGCAAGUAUUCAUCUUGUCAGUGAGGCCUUCUUUGACUGUCAUCUUUAAUAAUUAAGCCACCCCAUGCAAAUUUCCUAUCCGUAUUACUAUAUUUUUCUUCAUAAUACGUAUCAAGAUCUGGCAUGCUAUAUACUCUACUUAUUCUUUUGCUUAUAAUCUUCACCAUACUGCCCUCUUCACUAGAAUGUAAGUCCCUUGAGAGAUGUAUUUUUCUGCUUCGGUCUACUUUGAUCACUACUGUAUCCCCAAGCUUCUAGAACGGUGCCUGGCACAAAGUAUAUCUGUAUAAAGUAAUAUUCCUUGGCUCCACUGCUGUUAUGGGAGACCCUCAAAGAAUUUUCUUUACUUCCUUGGGUGUAAAGAAAGUAAAGAAAAACCAGUAUAUAUAUGUAUUAUCAUACAUGUAAGAAUGCAGGAACAUGUAUUGAUGACAAUAACAUAUACUUUGAACCAAAAGAUGCAGAAUGGUGGAAUGGUAUGUUUUAGGAAUCAGUCCAGAUGUGAGUUUUUUCCAAGCAACUUCACCAAAACCAUAUAAUGGGGUGCAUUUUUUUUUUUUUUUUUUUUUCUGUACGCAGGCCUCUCACUGUUGUGGCCUCUCCCGUUGCGGAGCACAGGCUCCGGACGCGCAGGCUCAGCGGCCAUGGCUCACGAGCCUAGCCGCUCCGCGGCAUGUGGUAUAUUCCCGGACCGGGGCACGAACCCGUGUCCCCUGCCUCAGCAGGCGGACUCUCAAACACUGCGCCAACAGGAAAGCCCUGGGGUGCAUUUUCUUUAAGAGCGUCUCUAUAAUCAUUUUCUAGAAAGUAUAGUUAUCUGAAUUAACGUUUUUAUAUGAAGAACAUAAUGUCUUUGUGGUUUUAAAGACAACUGUGAAAUAAAAUUGUUUCACCUGCUGAAAAAAAGAGAAAUCCUUCUUUGGGAUUCAGCAGAUCAAAGACAAACUGUCUUCACUUCCUGCCAUUCUCUGAGGGCUCCUUCUGGUGACUCCCAGUUUUCUCUCCCCUGCAAAAACCUUUGCUUUUGUUAAAACUCGGAUUGCUGCUUCUUCAUAAAUUUUUUUCAUUAAUGAUUAUUGGUACAUACAUUAUUUUAUUUUAUUUUUAUAUGCCAAAUAAGGCAAGUGACACAUUGUGUCACAUCAAGAUAGUCUGCCCUCUCUGAAUUUCAAACUUAGCGUCAUUCUGUCAGGAAAGACAUGCAGCCUGGUUGGUUUCAGGGGUAGCGGUUAACAGGAAAUGACAAAUCUCCCUCCCCUCAAAGUACUGUUUUCUGAAUUAACAUUUCUCCCAGUAGAGAAACACUGGUGUCUGAGGACUUCUCCACAUGGGCCAAGGCUCCCAUUUCACCCCUGCAGUUAGAGGGACCGAGCACUAGAGGGCGGUGCUGUCGAUGCCAUUCGCAGCUCAUCCAGCGGUAGGACCCUGUGGACUUCUGAGUGGAGACAGUUGUGUUCGCAUUUGGCUAGUCUUUUUUCUUCACCUGCUCCGAUUUUCUCAAACUCCCUUGCCUUCCGAAAUUUCAAUCACUGUUUCACUGCCCAUCGUCUCCUCUCUGGCCAUAGUAGAUGGAGUAUUCUAUCUAGUCCAACCAAUGAAGGGACGAAUUACUGCCAAACUUGCCUCCAGCCUAAACGCCUUUAAAUCUGCACUUGGAACCACGUGGCCUGAGAUCCUCUUCAAAAUACCAUCAAAAGGACCUCAUAGCAAUAAUCGCCACUAUCUAUUCAGUGCUGUGUACCACAGAAAGAUAAAAAUCGAAUUACUCACAUUGUUUUAUUUAAUCUAAUUUAAUUUAUUCAUGAACAUAUAUCAUUACCCCCUUUUUAGACGUGAAGCUGAGGCUCAGGGGAAAAUUAAUUCAAGUCACAUGGUUGGUAAGUGGCAAAGCCAGUACUGGAAAGCAAAUUUUUUUGACUCUAAAAUGUGUGUUCUUUCUUCCAUCUCAGCUCAUGUUCUCUCCAUGUUCCUUCUCCAUGUGUCCUUGCAAGUUCUCUUAACACAUAUUUACAGGUUUGAGGAUUCCUUCACCAGUUAAAGAGAUAUCCCCACCUCCGAGGGCUUGCCAGAUCUUGUAGAUUAUUCCUGCACAUUCUUUUUCUUUUCACUCAUUCCUUCAGCCAUUCGUGGUACAUAGUACUGUAGAGGAAAUGCUGUGUCACAUAUAGGCCACCUCUUACUUCAGAGGCUGAUGGAAGGAACAUGGCCCAGCAUCUGGGGCCCUUCCGUGUUUGAAUAGCUUCUGGUUUCUUCACCUCUAGUCACAUCAUCUUGUAAUCUUUCUGACACAGCUAAAGAAGUGUACUUCAAAACUCAGUUUGAAAUGUAACUCCUCUGCUCAAAGUUCUUCAGAAGAUCUUCCAUCCCCUUAAUCUGAAUUUCAAACCAUUACUCAACAUUAUGUACAAUUUUCGAGCUCACUAAAAAUUCAUUUCUAUCCGGAAUGAAUGUUUUAUACCCAAUUAAACAAGUUCUUCUUUCCUCAGAGAGAAGUUCCCAUUUCCAUGCCUGCGGCCUCUUUUCUUGCCUCAGUUUUAUUCUUUAAUGCCCAUUCUUGGUUCCUUUGAUCUGAUAUAUUGUUUUUCUCUAAACUCCCACAGCUUUUUUAUUUAUACUUGUUUUGUGUUUUUACUUUCCCACCAUAUAUUUUUUAGGGGGUGCGUGUGGUUUCUUUUCUGAACAUCUCCAUCUCCCCAAGAGUAGUAACUAUCACACUGUAACCUAGCACAUUUUCAACACCUAGCUUGUAAACUUCAGUAUUUGUUGAUUUGUCCUGGAGAGUGGAAAGAUCUGUGGUGUUUUUUUUGUUGUUGUUGUUUUUGUUGUUGUUUUAGAACAACUUUUUAUAGAUGUCAAGAUAGGAAAUGAAAAACAGCCAAUUUGUAUCUUUCCUUUUCCACAAUUGACAGCUUCCUGUGUUCAGGCCUUGACAGUGUUUUGUACCAAGGAGCUUUGUCUUGAUAUGUUUCCUGCUCCAAACAAUAUGUGACUUAAUGACAAAUUCUAAAAUUCUACUGGCAUCCUCUUAAAAGUUGUCCAUAUGAUGCAUAUCAAAUAAAUUAAUUUUAAUACAA